GACCCCAGCGGGACAAGCACUUCUCAGCUGCCACUUCACUGCAGCUCCUGCUCCUUCUCUGCUCUUAUUGUGUGGAAACCCAGAGGAGGCUUUUCUGAGCUCUUCAGUUUCUCUGUUUUAAUGAGUGAAAGGAGAGGAUGCUCGUGAUCUGCUUGGCCUUUGAGUUUAGCCCUGCUAUGUUCGCCACCCUGAAAUCCAACUAGCAUCUUCCGCAGGCUAGUUGGAUGAAUUAAAAAUGGCGUCCCACAAGCAAAGCUUUCAAUGCUUUGACACCAUCACGGAUGACCCACCUGUCAAGCCCCCGUUCCCUCAUGGUCACUGCUCCUCAACAUCCCUCAGAGGCUCCUCAGGCACGACUCGACUGGAGCCGCUGGAGAGUCGUGGAUGUUAUCUGUGUGCCGAUCACCAAGCAGCCAAAACUACAGCCUCAGAGGCUUCAGGAGCUUAUUCUAGUCCAUGGUAUCAUUCCCAGACACUUCCACAUGCUCAGCAGUAUAGCAGCAGGAGGCCUGCUCGACCUGAGGAAUCUUCUGGACAGGCUGAAGAUCACCAUCGUCAUCACCAUCACCAUCAUCAUCAUAGAAGCCCCAGGAAGAUUGUGCUUGUGAAAAACAGCGACCCGUCUAUGCGGAGGACCAUCGUUCUGCACCGCCGCAGCCUCCGCAGUUUGGCGCUCUUUAUGGAUGAGGUCUCUGAACUCAUGCAAUGUCUUAUCAGGAAGCUCUACACACUGGAAGGCCACAAGAUUGACAGUGUGCAAAGUUUGCUGCAGUGCCCAGGCGUUUUGGUUUGUGUGGGACGUGAGCCUUUCCACCCGCUUCUGUUGGACAGCUUCAGGAAACACUCUUACGACAAACUUCCGAGGCUGAACACAAAGUCACGCUCUAGUGUCUGCAGCGAUGAAAAGGCAGCCAAGAAAAAUGUCAACUUUGGACUUGAAACAAAGAGAAGUGUCAUCCACCCAAGGUGUGACUCAAGCAACAGGUCUGCAAGACUCUCUGCCUCAUCAGAAAAAUUGUUUCCAAAUCGACUUGACUCAUUACCACCAGGGGACAGAGGUGAUUGUGUCCAUGCAGGUGAAAAUAUGAUGGAUGAUGAUAUUGAAAAGCGAGUUCUGGUCAAUAAAGAUGGCAGCCUGUCAAUGGAGAUGAAAGUGCGUUUUCGACUCUUGCACAACGAGACAUUGCACUGGUCCACAGAGGUCAAAAAGUCAAAGAGCACUUUUAAUGAUUCCCAUUUAGUAUCUGAUGAUGCUUGCUCAGUCUCGCAUGGCAGUUCAGAGAGCUGCUCCGAAGCCGACUCUCUUUCUGCUGGUGAAGCAAAUGAAACAUACCACACAAAGCGUUACCAAAGACAUUUUGAAGAGUCACACUGUCAGCACUGCUGUGCUCGCUGUCAGGAAUAUGACAUCUGGAAGAAUCCUGUACCUCCCAGUCAAGGAGCUGUAAGACGCAUCAGAUCCUCAAGCUCAAGUGCAUCCUCAAGAAGAAUAGUGUGCAAAAAGGCAUCUACUGACAGCAUUCGCACAGUGUCCAGUGAGGAGUACACAGAGCAUGUAGUGGAAAAGGCAACUUGCAUUCAACAGACCUUCGGACAGCAAGUAGAUACAACAAUUGAACAGUGUACCAUCAACCAUUGCUGCAGUCGAAGUGAAGUAUCCUCAAUAUCCCCUAAACCAAAGAGCACAAGUACUGUAGAUGAUAGGUGUGAGAACAUUCAUGCAUCUGAUAAUGAAGAGAACAGACCUGAUGUAAUUUCCUCCAACCUCCCUAAAGAUCAUUUAAGUGUUCAGAUCACUCAGCAAGUAGAGGAAGAUGAGAGGUCUAUAUCUGUCUUGAGCUCUUCCUCACAAAUUCUAGCAUCACUGAAGGAGGAUCAAGAUGAUGACGUCAACCCCACUAUCUCGAGAGCAUCCCAUGACCAACAGGAUGAUGAGGAGAGCAAAGAUCCUGAAACAAACCAAUGUUCUGCUUCACCCUGUAAAUCUCCUGCAUCUCUGAGGCAUCUGUCACCAAGACCACCGAGCAAGGCUUCAUCUUCAGGGCGGUCUAAAACUUACAGAAAGUUUGCCAGUCCUGAAGUUGGCACUGAAGAGGUCAGGUCUGAAGCAUCUGCUUCCCCCAACAUUUUGUCUGGACCCAAAACCUGUAAAUGUGUAGUGACAAAGGACACUCCAGAAGCUUCUGAAACAAAUGAUGAGGUAGAAGACAUGCAAGUUUCAGUAACUGAGGAAAGGGCACUAAGUGCAACUUCUACAAAGUCUCUGUCUGAGUUAUCAACCUCGUGUGAGAAUGGAAAUCCUGCUGAAAUAAUACCAGAGAAGCGAUCAUUAAGUGCUCUCUCUAUAAAAUCCAACAACUCUAGAAAAUCAGUUAAAACAAAUGUUUUAGAUUACGAUGAAAGAGCACUAAGUGCCACAUCAAACAAGUCUCAAAGAGUCUCAGGUGAUGUGUGUGAGGAGGAAAACCUAGAAGUAAGAAAAUCAAGUGCCAUGUCUGUCAACUCAAAUAUAUCAGUGAGAUCCAGAGUAUCAGAUCAUGGUAUUGGUGAGCUCGGCAAAUUACAAGACAAUGUUGAGAAAAGGGCUGUAAGUGUUGCGUCAUCUAGGUCAAAUAUUUCCACUCAUGGGGCAUUUGAGGAGGGCAUAGAAGAAAAAGCUUUGAGUGUGAAAUCUGGAACAUCAAACAAAUCUGGAAUUGAAGAACUAACACAUGACGAUCCAACAGAGGAAAGGGCUUCCCGUCCUGUUUCGAUAAUAUCAAAUAUUUCUGCAAGAUCUAAAACCUCCUUUGAACUGAGUGAGACUGAGGAUUACAAUCAAGACCGAGCCCCCAGCAGUGUUUCCCUCAAAUCAAAUGUCUCACACAAAACAAAAUCUGAAAUGUCAGAAGAAAUUUCAUUCCAUGAAGAAGAGGAAUCUUUAAAUUCAAUCAACACUUCUGUUGAAUUAAACAAACCUGAAGAUAAAGGAGCUCAUCAAGUGGAGCUACAUGUGGAGAGAUCUCCAAGCUCUGCAUCAUCAAAAUCAAAUAUCUCUACAAUAUCCAGAGCAUCUCAAUUUUCAGAAGUAAACCAAGACGAAAUACUGGAAAAAGAGGAUGAUCAGGAAAGAGCAUCAAGUGCCAUUUCUGUAAAGUCUUCUGUAUCUGCAAGAUCAAGGAAAUCUGAGACAACACCAAUACUAAGAUCAGGAGACAAAAUCAAAGAUCGGGCUCCAAGUGCUAUGUCGCUCAAAUCAAAUGCUUCAUUGACAUCAAAUAAGUCCAAGAUUGAGAAUGAAGAAACAGAAAACAGAGCUUCCAGUGCUCUGUCUGUUAAAUCGGAAGCUUCCACAUUGUCAAAAAAAUUAGACAUUGAACAACUGGAAGAAAGAGCAUCAAGUGCAUUAUCGGCUAAAUCAAAUAGUUCUAAAAGAUCUAAAAGGUCCAAAAUGUCAGAGGUAGGAGGAGAUGAUGAUCGAUCAUCUGCUGUUCAUGCAGCAUCACGUACCUCUGAAACAGCCCCUAAAGAAACAUGUGAAAGCUCAGAUAAAUCACCAGAGGAAAGAGGGCCAAGUGCAUUGUCAACAAAAUCCAAUACCUCUGUUAAAUCAAAGAAAUCCAAUGUAUCUAAUAUGACAGCAGAUAGUAAUAUGGAUAAAAAUAGAGAUGAUUUGAGAUCUGCUAGUGCAAUGUCCUCUAAAUCUGACAUAUCUGCAAAAUCAGAAUUCAUCACAGAAGAUCAGGUAGAAACAAUUGACCAUGCAGAAAAACGAGCCCAGAGUGCUUUGUCAGCACGGUCUAACCAAUCAGGAGUAAUUGUAAGUGAAGAAGUUGAAGUUGCAGAGGAACGGGCUCUGAGUGCCAUGUCAUCUAAAUCCAAUGCCUCUGGAAGAUCAAAUAAGUCCAAAACUUUAAAAGUGCCAACUGCUUCACCUCAAAGAGCAGAACGCCAACUAGAUGAACGAGCUCAGAGUGCACUUUUGGAAAAAUCAAGCAUUUCAGCAAGAUCCAAGAAGUCUAAACUUUCAGAUGUUUUGACUGAUGAGCUUGUUGAUGCAAAAUACCAAGAAGAGGAAAGAGCUUCAAGUGCUUUGUCUGCAAGAUCAAACAUUUCUGCAAUAUCAAUGAAGUCAAAUGCUUCUAUGACAGAUGUCAACACUGAUGACAAUGAACAGGGGGACAGAGUAGCAAGUGCAGCAUCAGUAACAUCUGAUAUUUCUACCAAAACCAGUAUCUCUGCAAAAUCCAAGGCAUCCAAGGUUUUGCAAGUCGAACCCGAAGAGCCUGAUGAUAAAGAAGAGAUUAUGAACAUAGAUAGGUCUCCAAGUGCAAUUUCAGUAAUAUCUGAAGCCUCACCAGAUGAAAAUAAAGUUACAAAUGAAGGAGAAAUCCAAGAAAGGGCUUCAAGUGCUUUGUCUGCAAACUCAAACAUAUCUGCAAAGUCGAAAAUGUCAAAUGCCUCUGCAAUAGAUGGUAACACUGAUGUCGAAGAAAUACUGGACAGAGUAUCAAGUGCAAUGUCAGGAAGAUAUGAUAUUUCCACCAAAACUAGCAUGUCUGCAAAAUCUAAGGCAUCAAAAGUUUCAGAAGUAAAGGCUGAAGAGCCUGAUGAUGAGGACAAUGAAGUAAAAGCGCCAAGCAUUACUAAAUCCUGCAUUUCAGUAAGAUCCAAUAAGACAAAGAAUUCAGUGAAAGAAGAGGGUCAGAAUCCUGACAGAUCUCCAAGUGCAAGUUCAGUAAUAUCAGAUGCCACACCUGAUGAAAAUGAAGACAGGGCUUCAAGUGCUUUGUCAGCAAAAUCAAACAUUUCUGCAAAAUCUAAAAAAUCCAAUGCAACAGAUGUUGAAAUUGAUGACAAGGAAAAAGAGAAUAGAGUAUCAAGUGCAAUGUCAGGAAGAUCUGCUAUUUCUACCAAAACCAGUGUGUCUGCAAAGUCCAAAGCAUCAAAGGUUUCAGAAAUACAGCCUGAAGAGGUUCAUAACCUAGAUAGAUCUCCAAGUGCAAUUUCAGUAAUAUCUGAAGCCUCACCUGAGGAGAAUAAAGCAACAAAUGAGGGAGAAAUACAAGAAAGGGCUCCAAGUGCACUCUCUGCAAAAUCUAAUAUCUCUGUAAGAUCCAGCAAAUCAAAAGUUUCAGAAAUAAUCAUAAAUGAACCAGAGGAACAAAAAUCAGAUAGGGCACCAAGUUCUAGGUCUCUGAAAUCUGAAGUCUCUGGGAGAUCUGGUCAUUGGCCUGACAUUGAAAAAAAAGAUAAGGAAGUAAGGUCAGAAAGUGCUUUAUCCACUGUUUCUAAUCGUUCUACUAGGACAGACAAGUCAGAACAAUCUGAUCUAAUCAACAAUAUAGUGCAGAAAGCACCAAGUACAGCAUCGGUUACAUCUAAAACAUCUGCAAGAUCUAAGAGGUCAAAUAUUUCAGGAGUUGGUCCUCAAGACACUAAAAACAUUGGAGAUGUACGGUCAUCAAGUGGAAUGUCUGCAAAAUCUGGUACAUCUGAAAGAACAGCUAAGGAGGAUGAAGAGGCAAAUGCUCUUGUAGAAAGAACAACAAGCUCUUUGUCUGUAAAGUCAUGUCCAUCUACAUGCACUGUAUCCAAAGAUGGUGUGGACAAAAAAGCAAAGAGAUCAAUGAGCAAAUUGUCAGUUAAGUCAAAUAUGUCCUCGAGAUCCAAGAAAUCAAAAGUUUCUGAGGUCGAGGAUCUUACACUGACAAACAGUGUAAAAACUCCAGUGUCGGAUCACUCAGAAGUAUCUAAACCUGAAAAAAAUAACAAAUGUGUUUGUGGGACAUUAAACAAGUCAGCAAGUCCAAUUGUGUUAUCUGAAAGAGACUCUGACUAUGAAGAAGUACCUGUAAGUCCUCUGUCUAAAAAGUCAGGAAAGUCCCAAAUCAGUUCAGCAGGUUCGGCCUCUGAAAGAGUUUUAACACCAUCAAGCACUUCAGUGUCUAUUGGGAUAUUUGAUGACCACGAAGCUGAUGACGGUGAGGAAAUAGAUGUUGUUUCAGUAAAAUCAAGAACAUCUGAAGUAUGUGGUGAUUCUGAACAGUGUUUAUCAGAUUCUCCCGUACGAAUUGCAAAUGAAGCAAUACCGGCAUCAGAGGAAAGAACUAAAAGCUUUGCAUCAGCCAAUUCUAACAUUUCUAGUAAAUCUAAGUCCAAAUGUUCUCAUUGCAGCUCUGCAUGUCAUACAGACACAAACCAGGACAUAAAUGGUAUAGCAAGCAAUACAUCCUCCAAAACAAAGUAUUUAAUAACAUCACCUGAUGGACAGCUAUCAGCCAAGAUUCGUCCAUCUAGUAAAGCCUCUGGUAUGUCUGCACACACUGAAGUCACAAGUCAAGAGAGAACAGAAAGUCCAGAUGUUACCCAUAAACCUCAGAGCAUCUGCUCAAAAUGUAGUUCUACUCAACAGAAGAGUAAAAUGUCACCCGUUUCAAGUGCCUCUGCAAUCUCACACUCUGGGAUAUCUAAAACAAAAGAAGAACAUACUGCAGAAAUAAAUGACAGACCAAAAAGUAAUAUAUCUAGUUCAUCCUCUCAAGUAAACAGUCAAAAUAAUAAUGCUGAAGCUACAGUUAUUAGUGGAAGAAGUGAUAAAUUAAGCACCAAGUCGAGACAAAAAGUUGAGGACAGUGUGCCCAGGUGUCAUUCAGCAACUUUAUCUUUAACCUCGGGAAACCAACUAAGUCCCAUCCCACCAAAAUCUCCCAAGAAAUCAAAAAAACCUGUUAUUCUGCUUGGUGGCUCUAAUGGUAGUGCGGUAUCCCAGAGCGGGCCAGCUAAAGACCCGAGACAAGAACAGAAUGACCAUUUAAAUGCAGUAGCAGCAGUAGAAAAACCUCGGUCUUGCACAUCUAAUAAUAAUAUGAGUGAUAUUAAGAGUGAAAAAAGUAGCAAAUGCAGGAAAAGAAUGGGAAGUGAUUCUUCUUGCCACAAGAUGGAUGAUGACAUGUCUGAGCUGAGCCCUUCUUUCUUGCCUAAUGCCUCCCCAACUGAGGUGGUGAAUGAAUGGCUGAGGAAAAUCCCAUUGGACACUGCCUUGUGUGACUUGGCUGAUGAUUUCCAUGAAAAGUGUGAAUCGACAGAGCCACUUUGCACAUCAAAUAUGCCUAUGGGAGAUGAAAUUGAUCGUGAAAGAUUGCAGGGAAGUGAUGCAACCAAGCUUGAAACAAAGAAUAAGAUAGGAGAUGAUCAUGUGUUAAAUGCAGAAGAAAUUGUUGAUGAUAAAUCUCCUGAAACUGUUGAGGAUGAUUUGUCUCAGAGAGAAGAUAAACCAAAGGUGUUUAAUUCCUCAGUUCUGGUGAUGAAAGUCCUGCUGAGCCCCAAACUCGAUAGAUGCAAUAGCUUACCUGAGGUAUCUCCGGUGUAUGGACGUAAACUCUCUGCAUCUGCACAAGGUCUUCUGGAUUGUUUGGCAAAUCUUCAGUUGUUAGACUUUGGUCCUUGUGAUGAAGAUGGUAAAAAAGAAAAAUACCAGGAGCUCAUGAGCAUGCUUAAAUCUCUUUGGCUUUGUGACCCAAAAAACAAGAAGGAGACAUCAGAAGAGAAAGGCAAACAUCUGGAUGAGGAAUUGAAAGCCAGAUCAUCCUCAGGUGUAGAUGUUAACAGUGGCUCGACAGGUUCUGGGAAAAGCAGUGUCAAUGAUGGCACCCAAGUCCAACCUAACACUGAUUGUGAAGGCUUGGAUACCCUGACAAAGGUACAGGAAGUUGAAGAAACAGUAGAAGAAGAAACUUCAAAAACACCAGAGUCAAAAAAUGAUUCAGCCACUCCAGAUGUAGCAAAUCAAACUCAGAUGACACCAGACAAAAAUGUAGAGAAGCUAAAAGAUGAUGUUCCAGGCUCUGAUGAGACAAUCAGGAGUUAUGAUAGCCCAAGGGAACUCAUUGAAACCCCUCUUUCAUCAAACAAAAGUUCUGGGAAUAAUCCCAAAACGGAAGAACCCCAAUCAGACCAUCAAGAGGACACAAGUUCAGGCAGCGCUCCAACACUACAAAGAGGUCAGUUAUCAAAAAAGAUUUCUCAAGAUCCAGAUCCUGUAUGGGUUCUGAAUUUAUUGAACAAAUUAGAAAAGCAAUUUAUGACUCAUUAUGUGGAUGCAAUGGCUGAGUUUAAAGUCCGUUGGAAUCUGGAUGAAAACGAGCAGCUUGACACUAUGAUAUCCGAAUUGCAAGAUGAAGUCCAGAGACGCAUACAAUAUAGUAUUGACAAGGAGCUAAAGAAGAUCCAUGGCAGAGCUGGCAGGCCAAAGCCACCAAAAGAAACAAUAUCCCGUGAAUCAACCAUUCAAACAGAGCAAAGGCGGAGGCGUCUGAAGGUGAUGCGUAACCAAUCUAUUGAUCCACAACCUGCUAAAAGUGACGAUGACUACACAAUGACAGGCACAGAUUUCAGCGAUCAACGUAGUGAUGAUGAAUAUUGUCCUUGUGAAUCAUGCUUAAAAAAGAAAAUGGCAUCAAAGCCUGUGUUACCUGUGGAAAUACUGAAUUCAGCACCUGUGAUGAUGGACUUUGAUUUGAGAAAAAUACUCCAGAUAAAAAAAUCGUCUCCAGCCAAUGAAAAGAUUGAGGAGAACGCCAGUACAUCUACGUCCAGUAAGAUGGAGGAAGAAAAUGUGGGGCUUGAGGCUGUAAAAGAGGAGGAGGAGAAAGAGGGAGGAGAAAUUAUUUUUUCUGGUAUCCAAGAAAUUAGGGAACGAAAAAGUGAGGAGGGUGAUGAGGAAGACAAUGCCUCCAGCACUUAUGUAGAAGAUAGUUCUGAGAAACAGUCGAAUGCACCUAGUCAAUUACGGGCAGUUGUGGAUGAUGAUGAUGAUGAUGAUGAUGGGGAAAUUGAUAAGUUGUCUUAUGACUCAAUGACUGCACAACAUCAGGCAGCAGAACAAGAUGAAGAUCAAGAGGAAGAUGGGAUCGAUUCUGCUGGACAAGAUAAGAUAACUGAAGAUGAAACAGGAGAAUUAAGUGAGAAAGAUAAUGAUGACAUUGCAGAAGUAUCUGAGAAGGCUGAAAGUGAAACUGCAGAAGAUAGACAACCUGCAAAAGAUGAAACUGAUGAAGGUGACUCAGUUAUUGACACAGCAGAAGAGAAUGAGGCAGCUGAAAGUGAAAGUGCAGAUGGACAAACUGCUGAAGACAAAAUUAAACAAGAUAAACAAACCGACGAAGAUCAAGCUACAGUAGAUGGGGAAUCAGUUGAGGAAAAAACAUCAGAUGGUGGACAAGCUGCUGAAGAUAAAACUUCAAAAGAUGGACAAACUGCUGAUGAUGAAACUGCAGAAGACGAACACAUUAUUGAAGAUGAAACUGCGGAAGAAAUUGAAAAAUUUGAAGAUAAAUCUUCAGAUGAUGGACAAUCUGCUGAAGAUAAAACAUCAGAGGAUGGACAAACUGCUGAUGAAGAAACUGCAGAAGAUAAACACUUUACUGAAGAUGAAACUGCUGAAGAAAUUGAAAAUUUUGAAGUUAAAACUUCUGAUGAUGGACAAAACGCUGAAGAUAAAACUUCAGAUGAUGGACAAACUGCUGAAGAUAAAACAUCAGAGGAUGGACAAACUGCUGAUGAAGAAACUGCAGAAGAUAAACACUUUACUGAAGAUGAAACUGCUGAAGAAAUUGAAAAUUUUGAAGUUAAAACUUCUGAUGAUGGACAAAACGCUGAAGAUAAAACUUCAGAUGAUGGACAAACUGCUGAAGAUAAAACAUCAGAGGAUGGACAAACUGCUGAAGAUGAAACUGCAGAAGAUGGAAAAAUUACUGAAGAUGAAAAAGCAGAAGAAAUUAAAAAUUUUGAAGACAAAACUUCAGAGGAUGGACAAACUGUUGAAGAUAAAACUUCAGAUGACGGACAAACUGCUGAAGACAAAACAUCAGAGGAUGGACAAACUGCUGAUGAAGACACUGCAGAAGAUGAACACCUUACUGUAGAUGAAGAAACUGCAGAAGAAAUUGAAAAAUUUGAAGAUCAAACUUCACAUGAUGGACAAACUGCUGAAGGUGAAACUGCAAAGGAAAGUGAAACAGUUGAAGAUGAAACUGCAGAAGGUGUACACACUGCUGAAGGUGAAACUGCAGAAAAAUGUGAAACCCCUGAAAAUCAAACUUUGGAAGAUGGUCAGAUAGCUGAAGAUGAAAUUGCAGACCAAGGUGAAUCAGUAAAUGGUGACACUGCAGAAGACCAGGAAAUGGCUGAAAACAAAACUGUGGAAGAUCAAGAAACUGCUGAAGAUGAAACUACAGACGAUAAAACUACAGAAGAUGGACAAACUGCUGAAGAUAAAACUUCAGAAGAUGGACAAACUGCUGAAGAUAAAACUUCCGAAGAUAAAAAUUCAGAAGACGGACAAACUGCUGAAGAUGAAACUGCUGAUGAUAAAAAUUCAGAAGAUGGACAAACUGCUGAAGAUGAAACUGCUGAUGAUAAAACUUCAGAUGAUGGACAAAGUGCUGAAGAUGGAGAUGCAGAAGACAUACAGACCACUGAAGAUGAUGCUGCACUGAAAGGUGCAACAGUUGAAGAUAAAAUAUACGAAAAUAAAAUUGCUAUAAAAGAUGAAACAACUGAGGAUGGAACUGCAGACGAGUGUGAAACAUCUUCUAAAAUUGAGUCUGUAGAAGAUGAAGAGAUAGCUGAAGCUGAAAGUGUAGAAGAGAGCAACAGAAGCAAUGAUGAAACUGCAGAAAAUGGUGAGACAGCUAACAACAAUAACAACAACAAUGCAGAAGAUACGCAGACUGAUGAAGCUGACACUGCAGAAGAGAGUGAUACAGGUUAUGAGGACACCACAAAAGACAGUGAGACGGCUGAAGAUGAAACUGCUGAGGGGACAUCAGCUGAAGAAAGAGGAACUGAGGAACAAAGAGCAGAUGAUGAUGAUGAGACUGGAGAAAACACUGAUGAUGUUGACAAUACAGGAGAUGUCUCAGCUGAGGAAAAGGAGACUUCUGAAGCAGAAUCAGAAGAUGAAGGAACCACCAAUGCAGAAUCUGAAAUGCAUGAAGGGAAAGCUACUGAAGAUGGAUCAACAGAACAAGAUGAGAAUGCUGAGAUAGAGCCAUCAGAGCAAACUCCUGAUCAUGAAACAACUGCAGAAGACACUGACAGGAGUCAAACAGAGGGUGAAGAUGAGGACACUGUCAGUUGUGAAGCAGCAGAUGUUCUUUCUAACAUUGAGGACACAGAGAGUCAAGAUGUUUCAACUAAUCUUGAGGUUGUUGAUGGAGAUGAAGAAAGUGAUAAAGAAGAAAACGACUUGGCAAAAAAAGCUGGUCUUGUUUUCAAUAAUGGCGAAUCAGCUGAAGCUGGUGACGAAGCUGAGGAUGAAACUGAACCAGAUAUGGAGACAGAUGAAGGGGAACGUGAUGGGAACACUCCAAAUUUACAGCCCAUGUUACAGCCAAAGCAAAAAGAUGGCAAACCAGAUGGAGCAGCUUCAUUAAAUGUUUUGAUAAACCACAACUCUGAGUCUGAGGAUGGUGCAUAUGCUGAUGGAGAAGACUCAGAAACUGAGGAACACAGCCAAGUCAUAGAUUUGAACUCUGAGUCAGAGAAUAAACCACAGAGGAAAACUGCAUUCAAGACCUUCAAGCUGCUCGUAAAUACUUUGAAUUUCCUCAAAGUUGCUGGUAGUGGACAACCAAAGAAGGAUGAAGAUGACAAUGAGGAUGAAGACCAGGAGACUCCAGAGGAUGGGAGUGAUAAUGCGGAAGAGAGUUCUUGUGUGGAAAAAGACGAGGUGGAAGAGUUAAAUCAAAAAGAGAAGGGCAAACUCUCAGAUAUCACUGAGGACACAGGAGAAGAGGGCAACCAGACAAAUGACACUAAUGAUGGUUCAGAGGACAGUGAGUUGGAAAAUGCCUUGCAGAAGCAGAUAACAAAGUCCUCACUGGAAUCUCAGCCAGGUUCCUUUGAAGAAGUUCAUGAGGAACCGACAAAAAAACAGAUGGGUUCAAAUCAUUUGCAAACCAACUUUGGUUUUCAACCAAUACUUCCACAGCAUCAGAAAAAACCAAAGUGACCAAGCUAAAAUGGUCUCAGAGAGGGUGUUACUGUUACUGAGGGUUGAGUCCUGCUACUGUGACGUCAAAAGACAUCAAAAUCCCUAAUUUGGGUUUUUAAAAUGGGGGUUUAAAUUUUUUAUGAGUACAACAAGGUCUGCAAAAACAAAUUUAAAGCAGAUUCAUUAUACUUAAAGAAACUGUAAAUGUUUUUAGUAAACUCGCCGGUCCUACUGUACCCAACCCGCUCCGAGCUGGGUCACUGCACCAAUGUAACCCUCGCCGAUGCUACACCUCCCAACCAACUUUGAGCUGGGAUUGAACCGGCAACUUUCCACAUGGGGGUUGGUUGCUCAAACAAGGAGGCUAAAGACCAUAGUCUAGCAUCUGUCGCUUGUGCUCCUUUUAGGGGUCUGAGUAAAGUUUACCUGCACAGCACUUCACUAGUUGGCCUCUGUUACAGUAGCAUGCUGUAAUGGUCAUUCACACCAUCCAUGAUAACUAUAAAUAAAACAAUAACUAUAUUUGUGUCGACACUAGCAUACAAAAACAAACUUUAUUUUUAGGUUAUCCUUUUUCUUUUUUUUUUGAUAACCCUGUUGUAACCAGCAGGUUUCCUUAGCGAGGUUUCCUCGCUUCAAGAGCAUCUGUGCAGUGAAUCUAGCACAUGUAAUCUGUAAAAUUAAACAGGGAAUUUUGCAGUCGAUGUAGUGAAAUAAAAACAAUACAAAUUAUUUUCUCCCAGCAAACAUAAAGGAGAAAACAUAAAGGAGCUGAAACUACAGCAUACUAGACAUCUGAGGUACUUUUUUGCUUCGGUUUGCUAUUGUGGCCUGUGUAACUUCCAUUUGUUCUUAUCAUUAUCUUCAAUUGUAUAACCAAUUAUUUUCAAGAUAAUUUUAUCUUUAUAGAACCUUUAAAAAGAGCAACAAGCAAAGGAUCUCCACAAUGUCGUAAGUUGCACAAGCUCUUUUUAGUCUGAUGAAUUUUGACUCACUGUCAGGGUUUUAUAGAUUAUUAGCUGGAAAUAUUUUUUUCUGAAACGAUAAAUGGUAUAAUUCCUCUACAUCUUUAUUCAAACAAUUUUUAGAACAACAUCUUUAUUGUUAUCAUCAUAGUUAUUGUCCUUGGUGUGAACAGAAGGUUUUGACAUGGUGACAAUACACUAUUCAUCUUACCCUUAUAAAUCCUGCUUUUCAAAAGCCCUUUGGAUUCCUUAUUUUAUUUUCCAAAGAGUAAUAUAUAAUGCACUUUACUUCUAAUGAUUCCUUAAAAUAUGCAGAUUAUAUAUGCAAACACAAAGCAUUAGUGCUGAGGUACUGUAAAAAGGGAAUUACUGAAACUUGAACAGCAGAGGAAGCUCUGUUAGCUUUAAUGAUAAUAAAACCUUUAGAAACUGUAUUCAAUCAAUAACAAAAGAACAUAUUUAAUUGCAAUUAUUUAUAUAAUUCAAUGAUUGUAAGCCUUAGCCACAUAAGGGACUGUUAAUAAAUGUAUCAGUCAAUGUAUCAUAUACUUUGUUUUGCUGCUGCAGUUUUAAAAUAUAUUGAAAGACACUGUAAAUGAAAAUUCAGGUAUUAUAGUGACGUAAUGGAAAUCAGGAGACCAGAUCUGUGUGAACGAAUGAAUGAGAAUUAAUGUGUGUUGUUGUGAAAGUGGUUGCAUAUGUUAUGUUAAAUGUUUCCUGCAUUGUAGCAAUAUGGAUUAUUUAUUAAUAUGAUUUACCUAAAGGUUAUUUGGGGGAGAUCAUACCUUUUUAAAAGGUUAAAGCAAAGCAUUUGUAUCCCUUCUAAAAUACAUGACAGAAUCACCAUCUGAAUUAGUCGGAAUAUGCAUGCUUACUUAAAGUAAGUGCAGUAAAUGCACAGGAUUAACAUCACCAGAAAUCAUCAAAUAAAGAAUACUGCGUAUUGUAAGGACUGAGGCGCAUACAAUAAGACUUGCCUUAGAUGUUUUGCACACAACACAUAAAGGAUGUACGUCUAUAGGACUGAGGGUUUUGUUCAGACAAAACUAUGAAUUACACUGAUGCAGAUGAUGCGAAUGUGGUUCCUUCAUUGCAGUUUAUUCUCUGCUGGCCAAAUGGUUACUUGUUAACUUAAAUGAUAUUAAGUCCUUGUUACUUGAAUGUACUAAUUUCCUGCCUAAAAUAAAUAUAUUUAAGCUUUA